GGUGGGAAUGCUGCAGCAGCAGCAGCGGAGGAAGAGGCAGCAAUCGACAAGAGGCUCUGCCACUGCUGUCAAUUGUUGCUGCCCAACUGGCUGAUCAGGCGCUUGGCUUUGAGAAUGCAACCAGGGCCUGUCAGCCAGUUAGUUAGUCACGGAGCGUGACGUUGCAGGCUGCAGAUGCACAAAGGGGUUUGGGUUUUUGGGGGAAGGCGUUGUUCAUGUAGCUGGGUCGUCGACGUUCGGAAGUGUUGCGGCUGCAUUUCGAUGUGAUUGGGACUCUUUCGAUCGGGUUGCAGGUUUUUGGUGAAUUCAUUGGUUUGUGGAUCAGGUAUGGUAGAGUUUGAGAUCGACAGAUGUGUAUGGGAACAUGUAGAGGUGGGUGGAUCCAGUAAAUUUGAGCAGAAGCCGGAGUGGUGUGAUUAAGGUUUUUGCGGUGUGAGCUUUCUGGUGGGCAUUGGGGGAUCGUCGGAAGAAGGUGAAAGGCAGGUGUAAGGGACGCAGGUAGAGGUUAGGGGUUAGACAGAAUGCGAGAAGCGUGAUUAAAGGAGAAUGAGGAUGAGCAUCCGGUUGGAAUUGGCCGUGACGCUAUUGGUGCCGUUUUUCCUGCAUGCUUCAGCAAUUCUGCUGUGGGCAGCGGAAGGGGUAGCCGCAGAUAUGUCCGGCACGUUGGUGGAGAGCGAGUAUGUGGCAAUGCAGAAGUUGAGAGUGCAACUCCAGGUGAAGGACAGCGCCUGGGAGCCGCAGCAGGAUCCAUGCUCGUACUGGCGAGGGGUGCAGUGCCUCAAUGGUCAUGUCGAUUCCAUUCUGUUGACAGGAUUGCCGCGGUACUCGGCUAAGUCAAAUCCGCUGGCGCUGCAAGGGGUCUGGGCGUUGCAGCAGCUUCCGUUCCUUCGAGUUUUGAAUGCCUCCCACGUCACAUUUUCUGGUGGAAUUCCGGAAUGGUUCGGCAAUGUGACGAGCUUGGAGUCGCUGGAUCUCUCUGGGUGCUCUCUCUCAGGUCCACUUCCGCUCAACUUUGGCAACCUGGUGCGUCUCGGAAGUCUUUCUCUUGCAGGGAACUCAUUUAAUUGGCUCUCGCCGCAAACGUUCAGUAACCUCAUCAACCUUAGCUUCUUGAAUCUCUCCAUGAACGCCUUCUCGGGUUCAAUUCCUUUCCUGAGCUCUAGUUAUUUUACAGCAAUAGACCUUUCAAGUAAUAAGUUCACCGGUGGAAUUUCGCCGCUGUCAUUCAACCUCCCAAGCUUGGAGUUUCUAAACUUGGCUGGUAACAUGCUUAACAUGGCUGUGCCUCCUGAAAUCGGAAAUCUGGCAGCGCUUGGUUAUCUGGACCUUUCAAACAACAAUAUGCAGGGUACGCUCCCGCUGGAGCUCGGUCGGCUUAAUAGAUUAACGGUGGUGAGACUCUCUAACAACAAAUUUUCGGGAUCAUUACCCGCGGAGAUUACGGGGCUCAUAGGAUUGAGCGUCAUGGAGCUUGAUCACAACAUCUUCACCAGCGAAAUCCCUGCGACCAUGGAUCUCUUGCAAAACCUAGUUGGGUUGGACAUUUCCUUCAAUUCCUUUACAGGUGUGUUCCCUCGUGGGCUGCUCAAAUUACCCGCGAUUCAAACGCUUAAUGUCUCCCACAAUCUAUUCCAUGGCCCUGUGCCUCAGGAACUAACGGCGCAACAAUCGCUCGUGGAUUUGGAUGUCUCUGAAAACUACUUUAACGGCACAUUGCCGAUGGGGUUUCUUCCGUCAGCGAUUACGAGGAAGAACUGCCUGGCGCAAGGGAGGAAUCAACGUUGGAUUCGCGACUGCACCAUGUUCUAUGCUCGUUUGGGAAUACAUAGCUUUAAUGCCACUCCGCCGAUCGAUUAUUCGGACCACUCCCCUAUUCCACCUCCGGACGUAGGCCCAGCUUCGGAGACUGCCGAUCUCUCCCACGAUCAGACAAGAAACCGGCUGGCUCCCCACCUAGCUGUCGCAUUUGGAGGAAUGGGGUUGAUUGUGCUCGUCAGUGUCAUGGUAUUUUUCUUCCACAGCUGCCAAAAGAGGCGUAGUAGAGACAACGCCAUGGACUGCGGACGAAUAUCAGGUGUAGGGGGUCAGCGUCAAUCGUUCACUUACUCGCAGCUUGCAGGCGCCACCAACAAGUUCUCAUCGUCCAACCUGAUUUGUGCCGGCCACUCGGGCGAUCUCUACAGGGGAGAAAUUAGCGGCACUGCUAUUGUCGUUAAGAAAGUGGAUCUUCGCAGGGUGAAGCGGGACCUCUUCUUGACAGAACUGGAGGUCUGUGAAAAAGCGUCUCACAACAACUUCGUGGCGCUUCUUGGAACGUGUCUCGAUCGCGAGGAGGAAAAAUUGUUGGUGUACAAAUACUACCCUAAUAAUGACCUGGCAACAUCGUUGCAUAAAAAAGGCAGCCUCAGCCAGGAGGAUGUGCUACUAUCUUUGGAUUGGAUUACACGUCUUAAAAUUGCAAUUGGCGCUGCGAAUGGGCUGUCGUAUCUCCACUCAGAGUGCUGUCCUCCCAUAUUUCACAGUGAUGUAAGAGCGAGCAGUAUAUUGUUGGACGACAAGUACGAAGUCAGGCUGGGAAGUCUGAGCAACUGCAGAAUUCAAGACUCCCGUAUCCUUGCCCGCAUGUUCGGAUUCAGUUCGUCGUAUGACCUUGCUGAUCUAAAUCAUAGUCAUUCGUCAAGCGCACACGACGUGUACUGCUUCGGCGCAGUCCUAUUAGAGCUCGUGUCUGGAAAGCUCGGCAUCAGCGAGUUGGCAAAUCACCUAUGGCUGGAGUGGGCGCUUUCCGCAAUCAACGUUAAGGACAAGGAAGGGGUGUCUAAACUGGUGGACCCAUCGCUCAUAGUCGACGAGGAUCUCAUGGAGGAGGUUUGGGCAAUGGCCAUCAUCGCCAAGGCUUGUCUGAACUCCAAACCCUCCAAACGGCCCAACAUGAAGCACGUUUUGAAGGCGCUAGAGAAUCCUCACAAAGUGGUCCGCGAUGAAAGCUUCUGUGAGUCACCAGCAGUCCGAUCAUCCUCCCAAAAUUCAUGGAACGACGCCCUCUUCGGAAGCUUACGACACCACACCUCCGUAUCAGGCUAUUUCCGAGGCGGUAACCCUGGUCCACGCAGCAGCAAGCCCAUCAUCGACACCACUGACAACUAUCCGGCACCAACCGCCGGGGCGUCAUCGAGAUCUCAAAAUUCCCAAGAAAUGUACACGAUGCAUCACGGAAGGGUUGGAUCCAAUGACACCUUCCCGGAGCCCAUCAUUGAGGAGGCUCAUGAGCGCAACAAUGGAAGGUAGCUAGAUGCGCAUUUGACAUGUGCACCUUGACCGAGACUUUGAGGGUGGCCGAUUCAUGUUGCCUGAAAAAGCUGCUUUUAUUCUACGAAGUCUACAUCCCGAAGAUCGUUGGUUGCCAAUUAUCCUUGCGGUGGUCAGAACUAUAGGAAUUGAUUGAAAGAAAACAGUGCACAAAAGAAUUCUGUACAUUAGAUUGAUUGUUUCAAUGUGCUAAGCACCCAUUGACAUAAAGGCGCACUGGCUAGAAUGAACGAUAGAUUCUUUGGUCUGGAGUGGAGGUGGCGAUCAGGACAUCGCAUCGUGAUUUUCCAAGAGAAAAAAAGUCGCUGGCUUAUUGACGAUUGCCCCCGCUCCAACGAUUCUUCAUAUUUGUUUCAACAUGGGUUUUCAUUAAAACAGCUUGGAAAUCGUUCCAUGCCCUUUUCUUGAAAUCCUAUUCUAGUCACAAGCUGAAUUUAUUUCAUUUUUUAAAAUGUAAGUGAGUCCAAAUAAAAUAAAAUUGGGAUACUAUCAAUCUAAUGUCAUUUUACCGUG